CACCGUUUUCCUGCAUGCUGACUUGUAGACCUCAACGUUACGUCACCGCGCGCAAGUCCGCGCCUGUUCCACUCCCUCCCUUUGGCACGAAGCUUCCGCCUUCCGCAGGAGAGUUUGAGACCUGCGUUUGGCAUCUUCGCACGCACUGUUGAGCCAUCCUUAAGGACGUUUGAUCCACAUCGGUGUUUUAAACAGAAAGGUCAUUUGUACAAGUGUAUUGACGAAGACCUUAACGAAUGGAAGCACCAGUAGAAACAGUUUCAACAAUUCCAGCACACGUCCUUGAUAUUUGGGCAAUAGUACUGGUUAUUUUGGCCACCAUUGUUGUUAUGACUUCAGUGUUAUUUUGUCCAGCUGUGACUGUUAUAAUAUACAGAAUAAGGACAAAUCCAGCAAGAAGUGAGACAGUAUAAAAGAGGAGUUUUCUUGAUUCUCAAUAUUUAUGACGGCCACAGUGUGCACCAUUUAAAACAUCAGGAAUAUCCUUUCCGACCGUAUUAUUUUAAUAUGCUCACGCAAACUGGAUUAUUAAAACCUUAUAGUGUUAAUUACAUUUUGUGAUUUGACACAAAGGGAAGGGUAUUUUUUUAACCAUUGUGAACCGAUGAAUGUAAUCUUGCAAAAAGGACAAGUCUACAUGUUUUUAAGACGUAACAUCUAUGAAAAUGCCUUGAAUCAUUUUUCUGGAACAUGGAAUACUAUAUGGUGUGAAAAACUUUGUUCUU